GAAAGGAAACCUCAGACUCUUAAGAAGUUGCCUCCAGCCUGCUCUUUGCUUCUGCCUUUUGGGUCCCUUGUCUCCCCUCUGGCCUGGGCUACUGAGCUCCCUUCCUGUCCGUAGUAUCACAGGUCUGGGGUCUGCUGUCCUGGUAGGCCUGGGCCCUGCCUCUACUCCUUCCUAUCAUUACCUGCUUAAACUUGGCUAUGCCUGGUGGGCGUGGGCCCUGCCCCUUGCCUGGUGCCUUCACUCCUUCCUGUCAUUGCCUGGUUAAGUUUGGCUGUGCCCAGCCAAGGCCUCCACUCACCAUGCAUGCACCCGUCUCCCUGCCACCCCUGGCCUGUCCCCAUUCCUGUGUGAGCACUUCUCAUAGCCCCUCAGGAGCCCUCAUCAUGCGCCUGGGAGACAGCUUGUCUAUUCCUUCCUCCCAGGGUGCUCAGCAUCUAUUGGGGAAUUCUUGAUGUGGCCUGACUGGUUGUCCAGGAAGCUGCUCUCUGGGCUUCCCAAGAUGACCCAGUAUCUCUCUGAGCAGUGUGCCUGUCACAGACACCUCCCUUCCUUUGAGCAUGGGAACAGGAAGGACUGGUGGGGCCUGAGGGAGGGGGCUCCCUCCUGCCUGAGGCUGCUCUGCCUACUCAACUCCCUGCACCAUCGCCUUUACUCUCCCAAGUUCUCCUAUGGGCACUUGAGGCAAGGAAGCACCAGGGAACCAGGCACCAGGCCCCCUCCUGCUUUCACUUGGGGUGGCCCCUAGAUUGCUGCUGUGGGGGGACAGGCAGACCCGUGCUCACCACUGUCCGGGUGAACUGACUGCCUUGCAGAUCAAAGGACACAUGAGGGUUUGCACUGGGCAGAGAGCAGCAUCCUGAUGCCCUCCCUAUUCCCUUAGCAGGAGAUUGGACCUGUAGUGUGUCCACUGCCAAAUGCUGGCAUGUUGUGCUCUGGAAUGAGGUUCUUGGGAUUCUACACGCUUCCUGGACCAGGGAUGGUUCUCUGGCCAUCCUCCUAUCUUGAUGGUGCCCUUCAUCCGGAGCCAGGUGGAAAAGGGGUCCCAGGAGCUGGGCUUUACUCCUAUUCUGUGAUCCUGGGGCCACCUAGCCCCUACCCCCCCCCCAUGUUGCAUGUUCCUAUAAGUGGAAGAAUCUGUACAGGCACAGGCCAGCCUGUGGGGCUUGCUGGGCCAGGCCCAACCACUUCUCCAGCCCAGCAGAGUUGCUCCUGCCUCACCUCUUCCCUCCGUGACAGCCUCUGCUCAAUGCUUGUUAGACAUCAUGGGUCAUUUCAACCUGGAGCAGAUAAACAUCCCAUUCCCCUUCCUGAUGGAAGAUGAACCCACAAGGUGGGUGAGCAAAAGCCAGGCAGUGUCUAUACUGGGCACAUCCCUGAGGCCACCCCUGGUCAUUAGGGUGACCCAAGCCUGUUCUUAGCACCCCUCCUUCUUCAUAGGCCGAGUGAGACAUGUGGGUGCCUGUUUCACUGUUGAGGUCACAUUAGGACAGCCUGGUCCCCAGUGAUGGGGAAACCAAGGCCUGGAGAAGGUGACAAGUCUGUGUGACAUGUCCAUCAUGGGGCUUGGCAUCAAACUUGGGUCUGCCGGACCUGGUAGCUGCAGCCUGACCCUCAUCAGACUCAGGCAGGACUAUAAGUAGAGGGCACAGCCUUCUGCCCCACUCCAGCUUCCUUGUACCUGUGAGGACACGUUUCUGCAGCCCAUGGCAGCACUCUUCACUCACCAGAAGCCUGCGUGUGGCCAGAGCCUGCUUCCCAAUCUGUAAACACGGGGUGUGUUUCCCAGUGGUGGUGAGCUUGAGAGGGGGUGGCAAGCGAGCCGGCCACACAGGUCCUGCGGCCUCAGGCCUCCUGGUUGCCCAACAAGCUGCUGGGGGCGGGCCACAGCUACUGAUUAAAGGCUGCCUCAAGCAGCCUGUGUGGAGACAGGUGUCCCGUCCUGCAGCCUAGGAAGCCGGCCAGCGCCUGCCCCAGCUCUAGGCCUCACUGCCCCUGUGAAAACAUCACCAUGUCUGAGCCAACCCGGGCUGAGACCUUUGUCUUCUUGGACCUGGAAGCCACUGGGCUCCCCAAUGUGGAUCCAGAGAUCGCCGAGAUAUCCCUCUUCGCUGUUCACCGUUCCUCCCUGGAGAACCCUGAGCGUGAUGAGUCUGGCACCCCCAUGCUGCCCCGUAUCCUGGACAAGCUCACAUUGUGCAUGUGUCCAGAGCGCCCCUUCACUGCCAAGGCCAGCGAGAUUACGGGCCUGAGCAGCGAGGGCCUGGCGCAGUGCCGGAAGGCUGGCUUUGAUGGUGCUGUGGUGCGGACACUGCAGGCCUUCCUGAGCCGCCAGGAGGGCCCUAUUUGCCUUGUGGCCCACAAUGGGUUUGACUACGACUUCCCUCUGCUCUGUACAGAGCUUCAACGCCUGGGUGCUCACCUGCCCCGGGACACUGUCUGCCUGGAUACGCUGCCAGCGUUGCGGGGCUUGGACCGUGCCCACAGCCACAGCACCCGGGCUCAAGGCCGCAAGGGGUACAGCUUGGGCAGCCUCUUCCACCGCUAUUUCAAUGCUGAGCCAAAUGCAGCCCACUCAGCUGAGGGCGAUGUACACACCCUGCUCCUCAUCUUCCUGCAUCGCGCUGCUGAGCUACUCGCCUGGGCAGAUGAGCAGGCCCGCAGUUGGGCCCACAUUGAGCCCAUGUACACACCCCCUGAUGGCCCAAGCAUUGAGGCCUGAUUCCACCUUACCAGUUCAUCCAGGCUCUGUGGCCUGGAGCUGGUCCUCACCAGGGAGAUUUGCUGCCCUUUAUCCUAGUUCUUAGCUGGAUGAGCCCAGGCCUGGUUGACCAUAGAGCCCAAGAACCUUUAAGCCCACCUCCAGGCCUAUACACCGUCUUGGUGGCCUGCAUGCUCUUGCCGUUGGCAGCUUUGGGGAUUCCAUUCUUCCCCUCUUUCUCAAUAAACAUCACUAACUACUUA